AUGAAGUUAUGGAAAGGUGCUACUUUUGCCUUCGUGCUCUGUGGCGCAGCCCUGUCCAUCGUCUUCGUUAGAAACAUGGCCACUAUCGGACAGUUCAGACCUAAAUCGAAAUACCCGUACACGUCUCCAUCCUCAUCAAGACUGUCCUCAUUCUCUCAAUCAACUUUCAAGACCUCACCGCAAUCACCCUCCUCCUCCUCCUCCUCCUCCUCCUCAUCAGCAGAAUCGGCAGUGAAGUCCCGGCAGAUGGGUGGGCCUCAACGGAGACCCCGCUCCGCAGACGAGAUGAACUCGGUCCUCUCAGAGUUUUCUGCGAUGUUCCAGAGCUUCACGGAGGGCGAACUUCGGCAUGUGGUCGGCGCCUUGCUGGACAGGAAGAGGAAGAAGAGCCGGCUCCUGGGAGAGAACCAGGCUCGAAGGACUAAAAGAGCGCGAAGGCCCAAGCCCUGCUCUUUGAGGGAGCUGGAGCUGACCGUAAGUGAACUGGGUCUCGGCUACGAAAGCGACGAGACGUUGCUGCUGCGCUACUGCAGCGGGAAAUGCCUGGAACACCGGCAGAACUACGACCUUACCAUGGAUCACAUGGUGCGGACAGGCUUCAAAAAGAAGGGCCGCAAGGACAAGGUCAGCAACGGGCCCUGCUGCCGGCCCAUCGCUUAUGAAAAACAGUUUUCCUUCCAGGACAACAGGCACCUCCAUCACACAGUACGAAAUAUGUCGGCGAAGAACUGUGGGUGUGUAUGA